AUGCCGGGCGCUCCAGAGUCUGCACCGGCUCCACCACGAUACGUGGCUUGUGACAACACAAUGUCCCCAGCGGCAAGGUGCAAGGUCUCGUCGUGCAUGGGCCAGAAGAGGCUGGCACUGAUCCUUUGCAUCUCCUUUCUGAUAGUCCUGCUCAUUGCCCUCAUCCUGCUCUUCCUGUUCUGGCGGUCGAACACCGACUUUCUGUACAAGGAGCCAGCUGAGAGCUGCAGCCACCGAGCCGUGCGCUGCGACGGCGUGGCCGACUGCUCCCAGAAGAGCGAUGAGCUGGACUGCGUACGGUUUAGGUGGGAUCAGUCUCUGCUCCACGUCUACUCCAGCACCGAGAAUCAGUGGCUGCCUGUCUGCAGCAGCGCCUGGAACGACUCCUUCUCCAGGAAGACCUGCCAGCAACUGGGAUUUCAAAGCAUGUCUCACACAGAGUACGUGCCGGCCUCCUUCCCUGGCAAGAGCCUCACUGUCAUCAAGGAGCAUCCCACGAUCCAGCAGAGUCUCAACAGCUCCAAGUGUCCCACGGGAAAAUACGUCUCCCUCCGAUGCACAAGCUGUGGACAAAGGACUUCUGGCCGCAUCAUUGGGGGGAACGAAGCUUCGGCGAGUAAGUGGCCCUGGCAAGUUAGUCUCCAGUAUGGGCUGAGCCACAUCUGCGGGGGGACAGUCAUUGAUACCCAGUGGGUGCUGACAGCUGCCCACUGCUUCUUCAUGAACAGCGUGAAGAUCCUCGAUGAGUGGAAAGUGUACGCUGGGGCCUCCGACCUGCUCCAGCCUGCCAAGGGCAUCCCCACCGCCCAGAUCAUCAUCAACUCCAACUAUAGCGACGACCACGACGACUACGACAUCGCUCUGGUGAAACUCGCCACGCCCUUAACGAUAUCAGGGCAGGUCCGCCCCGCUUGUCUCCCGAUGUCUGGCCAGACGUUCCGGGCUGGGAGGACGUGCUUCAUCACUGGCUUUGGCAAAACCAGUGAGAACGAAGAGAACACCUCCCCAAAGCUGCGGGAGACGGAAGUGAGCCUGAUCGACUACAAGAUCUGCAACAGCAGUAGCGUGUACGAAGGCGAGCUGACCCCCCGCAUGAUGUGUGCCGGGGACUUGCAAGGAGGGAGGGACUCGUGCCAGGGCGACAGCGGCGGCCCCCUGGUCUGCGAGGAUAACAGCCGGUGGUACGUGGCCGGAGUGACGAGCUGGGGAACUGGCUGUGGCCAGAAGAACAAGCCCGGGGUUUACACUCAAGUUACAGAGCUCCUCAGUUGGAUUCACAGCAAAAUGGAGAGUGAGAGUGACUAA